AUGAAGCUCACACACAUCAUUUCUAUCACGGGUCUCUUCGUCCUUGGCGCGACUGAAGCUUUGCGCAACGACACCAAUGUCAAGAGAGAGUCUCCUGAGUGCCGCUGGCACCGCCGCAGCCUGAACGCUAGAGACGACAGCGACGACAACGACGACAAAAACAGCGACGACAGCGACGACGACUUUUGCUUCGGUCUACAACCUGCCGACGAUGCGCUCUGGCAUGCAGCAAAAUGCAGGGGCGGAAAACUACUUCUCGGGACCACCCAAAACGCUCCGGAAGCUGCACGAUUCGUGAAUCCCAUCAAUUCUCCCUGGGACGGCGAGAUGAGGGACGACCUCGCCAAGUGGGGUUGGAAAGAUGGAGUUACCGAUCCCGAUACAGAGUGCAAUAUCGACUUCCUCAAGACUAUCCUCCCGCACCUCAGAACCACAACAGGCAGCCACCUCUACGGCGGACCAAACUAUUGCUUCUCGGUAAAGCAUUGCGACAGUGAUGCUAUGGAGAAGGAUGAAAACGGAAACAUGUACCCCAGGAAAGAACAGUACUAUGACGUCGAUGGUCGAUUAUACAGG